AUGAUAAAAAAAAGAUUAUCUUUAUCUCUUUUUUUAUUCUUCUUUUUGGUUAUUUCUUCAUCUUCUUCUAUUAUAGAAAUUAAAGAAUAUUUAACAACAAAUAAUAAUAACGGUCAAUGUAAUGGUAGAUUUGAAAAAGGAUCAUUUAUAACACCAAAUGUUUGUGUAAAUGGUCAAAUCUUUCAACAACAAGAAGAAUCAAAUGAUGAUAUCAUAGUUUCAACCUAUUCAACUUUAAAUUGUACAGAUGAUACAAAUGAAUCAAAUAAUAUCAUUUCAUUUGAUACAUUGAACCAAGUUAUUUGA